UUUGUUUCACUUCACGCACACGGAAGAGAUGGCAGACCGUGAAAAUCACAAUGAAGAGGGUAACCCUCUGUCUGUAAUUCAUUCCGCUGGAACUAAACGAGGACAAGAAUCCUUCGAUGGUCCAGCUAGCAAGAGAGCUCACGUCGAUGGGGAAGACAGUAAGUGGAUUGGUGGUCUCAUUUCACUCAUCUGGUAUAACGAUAGGAUUAUUUUUACUACAGAUAAUCUGGCUGUGAAGAUCCUGAUUCCUUCGGCUGCGGUAGGAGCGAUUAUUGGAAAGGGUGGAGAGGCAAUGAGAAACUUGAAAAACGACCAUCAGUGCCGUGUUCAGAUGAGCAAGAGCUCAGAGACUUAUCCUGGUCGGCUGAAGUUCCAUUCAAAUUUUCAUAUUGUUCUUAAGGGCUUUAAAGACUAUCUUACUGCUGGUUGGUUGUUAGGAACUAACAGUACACGCCGUAUUCUGACGCUUACAGGGACAAGUGAACGUAUUUGUCUUGUCAAAGGGCGCGUCCAGAAUGUGAUUGGGGUGAUCGAUGUCAUACUGCAGAAGAUUCGUGAGAAGUGUGAAGGAUCCACGAGUUCGGACGCUUUCGAUCACAAGGGGGUGAGCCGAGGAAACGAGGUGAAAAUCGUUAUGCCCAAUACUUCCGCCGGUAUGGUGAUUGGGAAAUCUGGAGCAAAUAUCAAGGAUAUCCGUGAAACAUAUGGGUGUCAAAUUCAGGUUGGUCUUCGAGCGUUGCGAAAAGUUUUGAAAUCUGAGGUAUUUCCCAAAGCCGGAUCAGCGGAAGCACAGAACUCGCUAGAGAGAAUCGUAACACUUGCUCAUGAGGAUCAUUCGCAACUUAUUCAAGCAACAGCUCGUGUUCUGGAGAAAGUUGUCGCAGAUCCUCAUCACACAAGUGAAAUAAACAAGGAGGAUUUUGGCGGGAAGGGCGGCGGUGUAAGAACUACAAAUACGUCAUUUACUUCUGCUGCUGGUUUUACUAAUGGUGGAACAUCUGGCACUUAUAACUCUGGCUCUUCUGGAUUUGCUUCUCAAACGUAUGGAUACCAACCCAGUCAGCAACAAGCAAUUAAAUUCAAUCCGAUGAGUGGUUUGGGAAACCAAGAGCUUCUUUCGUUCCUUGACAACCUACAGUCUACUCUUCGCUCGUCAGGUUUCAAUGAAGCUAGUGUUGCAGAGGUCAUGCAGGCUAUGCAGGUGCUUGCUAAGUAUAACAUAAUGGGUCUUGGUCUCGGUCUUGGCGUGGCCGCUAUGGCGCAAAUGCGAUCGGCUCAGGAAACUACUUCUCAAAUGCCCAGUAACCAUGGUGUUGCUGGGUUUGGUGAUCAGGGUGGAUAUGCUGGUGGUGACCAGCAUCCCAGCGUCAACUUACUUCUGGUGGAGGUUCUUAGGAGCGGUUCCGGUGCUGCGGCUAACGGUGAGAAUUUUGCGUCAUCAAUAAUGGUGGAACGACGCAUAUCAAAUGAAGCGAUUGAGCUUGAGGUACCGGAUACAGUUGUCGGUGCAGUAUUAGGUCCUAAGGCACGAACACUUCAGGAGAUCCAGCUCUAUAGUGGCUGCAAAGUUCAGGUAUAUAAGCGGGAAGCUAAACCAAACUUACCUACCGGGACUAGGCUUAUCAGCUUGGCCGGUGAAGAGAAGUGUAUGCGAAUGUGCAGGUUGAUGAUUGAGCGCGUGGUCAACGAAGCGCAAGACCGCAGGGUGGGAAUUCGUCCCUAG